AUGACGGCUAACCAAAGCAGAAAAGGAAGUUGUCGAUGGGAUAUUGCGGAGCCCACGGAAUGGAUGGCAAAGCUGCACAAGCAGAUCCGGACAAGCGGGCAGACCUCGAGGGAGAUUAAGCAGCCACGCUGUGGCCCGAAUUGCAGCAAAAGGAAAGUCUGGUUGGAUUCCGAGGCAGGGAGACCGCCACAGCACGGCCGGCAGAGCACAUUUGAUUCCCUGGGGGCCGCUCACUACCCGACCAGCAAUCAGGACCGCAGGCUCUUCGUCGGAGCCCUCAGCCAGAGCAUCCGAUUGGCUGGGCUCUGGCAAAACACAAUCAGAGCUCGACGAUGCUUCAUGCAAGUCAACAGCCACAACAAGAAACGUCAAGGCAGGUUCUCGACUUACGGGAGCAAAAAACGAAAUGGGCUUUGCUUCCAAAAAUUUUGCUUCUCUCCCAGGGAGGGAGAAGACUGGCAGAGAGUUCGGAGUGCCUUCCAGAAGAAACUGAUGAAACCAGUGGAAAUUAUGAAGCUGGACAACAAAAUCAAUGAGGUCUUGGCUGAUUUUAUGGGUAGAAUAGAUGAGCUCUGUGAUGAGAGAGGCCGCAUUGAAGGCUUAUACAGCGAACUGAACAAAUGGUCAUUUGAAAGCAUCUGCCUUGUGCUCUAUGAGAAGAGAUUUGGACUCCUUCAGAAGAAUGCAGGAGAUGAAGCUUUGAACUUCAUCACGGCCAUCAAAACAAUGAUGAGCAUGUUUGGGAAGAUGAUGGUGACCCCGGUUGAGCUGCACAAGAGCCUCAAUACCAAGGUCUGGCAGGCCCACACGCGGGCCUGGGACACCAUCUUCCGAUCAGUCAAAUCUUGCAUCGACAGCCGGUUGGAGCACUAUUCUGAGCAGCCCGGCAAGGAUUUCCUUUGUGAUAUUUAUCUCCACAAUCAGCUUUCCAGGAAAGAACUGUAUGCGGCUGUCACAGAGCUCCAACUGGCUGCAGUAGAAACGACGGCAAACAGCUUAAUGUGGAUUCUCUACAAUUUAUCCCGUAAUCCCCGGGUGCAACAAAAGCUUCUUAAAGAAAUUCAGAGUGUAUUGCCUGAGAAUCAGAUGCCACGGGCAGAGGAUUUGAGGAAUAUGCCAUAUUUAAAAGCCUGCCUGAAAGAAUCCAUGAGGCUGACCCCAAGUGUACCAUUUACAACCCGGACUCUUGACAAAGCUACGGUUCUGGGUGAAUAUGCUUUACCCAAAGGAACAGUGUUGAUGCUCAAUACCCAGGUGUUGGGAUCCAAUGAAGAAAAUUUUAAAGAUUCCAGUCAGUUUAGGCCCGAACGGUGGCUUCAGGAGAAGAAAAAGAUUAAUCCUUUUGCGCAUCUUCCGUUUGGUGUUGGGAAGAGAAUGUGCAUCGGUCGCCGACUGGCUGAGCUCCAGCUCCACUUGGCUCUGUGCUGGAUCGUCCGCAAAUACGACAUCGUGGCCACGGACGACAAGCCCGUAGAGAUGCUGCACCUGGGUAUUCUGGUACCCAGCCGGGAGCUCCCCAUAGCUUUCCGCCAGCGGUAA